AUGGCAGCAAAUAAUCCAGUACGACCUUUUUCGUCUGAAUCAGUUUUAUCACAUUUUAAUUCAUCUGAUAAUCUUGAAGAAUUGACUCUUGUAUGGUUAGAUGAAAGUAUUAGAAUGGAAGACAGUUAUUGUUCGAAGAUAGCUACAUCAUUCCGUGAAACCAUCAAUUAUCUGAAAACUUUCUCAGGUAUUGAAGAAUGUGCUAACUAUGUAUUAACAGUUACAACAGAAAAAGUUUUCUUAAUUACGUCCGGUAAAUUAAGUGAAACAAUUGCUCGACUUAUACAUAACAUACCACAGGUGUUCUGUAUUUAUGUUUUUUGUGAAAAUCAAGGAAAAUAUGUUGAAUGGGCAUCAAACUAUUCUAAAAUACGGGGGGUAUUCGUCGAUGCAGACUCAUUAUUAAUCAAAUUAAGAGAAGAUGUUAAAUUAAGUUAUUUAAUUAUUUCAAGCACUAUUAGUACAUGCCUCGUUAAUAAUGACAAUGAAAAAACAUCGAUACAUGAUGCUUCCAAUGAUGAGAAUGGUACAUUUCGUUUUUAUCAGUUAUUAGUUGAAAUAUUAGUUUAUUUGCCCCAUACAGAAGAUGAGAAGGAUGAGCUUAUUCAAGAAUGUCGAAAAUAUUAUCAUGAUAAUAAAGUAGAACUUAAUAAGAUCGAUGAAUUUGAUAGAACAUACACACCAGACACGGCACUGUUGUGGUACACAAAAGAGUGUUUUCUUUAUCGAUUGAUGAAUAAAGCACUACGAACAGGGAAAAUGGAAGUCAUCUUAAAAUUUCGAUUUUUCAUUAUUGAUUUAUAUAAACAGUUGCUUGAAUUCUACGAAAAAGAUCGUUAUUUAUAUAUAUGCCACAGAUCCUCCUUUUUAAGAAAAUAUAAAUAUGUGCAGACCAUCAGUGAAAAUGAAUCAGAGGAAAGACAUGAAUAUUCAGUUUUUCGAGGUCAACAGAUGACUUCAGACGAGCUGCAUUUAUUCAAACAGCGAAUCGGCAGUAAAGUAUUAUUUAAAGCAUUUCUAUCAACAACUACUUCGCCGGUAAUCGCUUUAAUCUAUGGUACAAAUAAAUUAGAUAAUUGUCCAACGGAAUCUAUAUUAUUCGAGGUAAAAAUCAACUGUUCAGAAGAAUCAAACCCUUAUUUUGACACCAGAACCAUAUCCAAAUUCAAAGAUGAAAAUGAGCACUCUCAGUUUACUCUAUUACCAAGAACACUUGAUAGUAAGGCGUCUCUCGAUUAUGGAAGAUAA